AUGGCGACGCCUGGCCGAGCAGCUGCAGUAGGCGUUGCAAGCGGCGCGCUGACCACGGCUGCGGUUUCAGCGCUCCUGGUCAGGCGGUACCUCAAGCAAGAGCUGCGGCCCCCGAGCCUGUUCCACGCGGACCCCGAGAGGUUGUCCGUGCGGGACGAGGAGAUCCUGCACCGGCUGCGGGAGGUCCUUCUGCGCGACUAUUGGCCCCACCCCGUCUUCGAAUUCAACGGCUACUCUUCCAUGGGGGUCAUGGCGCUCGGGACCAUGCUGCCCGCGCCCAUGACGGGAGAGAUGGAAACGCUCAGGCUGCAGGACGGGGGCACGGUGCUGCUGCACUGGUCCGAGCGUUCCCCUGGACCCGCUGCGCCGCUGGUGCUGAUCUUGCCGGGCCUCGGCAACGACAGCCGGACUGCGCCCAGGGAGAGCAGGGCCGCGCCGGCUCCGACGGGGGAGCGCCGCGCGGGGAGCACGCUGCGGCCCGCGGCGGUGGUCCCGGGGCUGCCACGGUCUGCCAAGGGUCUCCGAGAGCCCGUGCUCGUAGCGUCCUCUGGGGCCCUUCCGCGCGGCGCCGUGGGGCACCUCGGGCGCCAGGGCUUCGCGGCGGUGGUGCUCAACUACCGGGCCGUGGGCCCGCAGGAGCUGCGCACGCCGCGCGUCGGCUGCGCCGAUUCGUGGCGCGACCUGCCCGAGGUGCUGGCGCACGUGCGGGCGAGGGCGCCCGAGGCGCCGCUGGCGGCUGUGGGCUAUUCGAUGUCGGCGGCUCUCGCAAGGCGGGGCCGCGAGGGGCUGGGCCCUGUGGGCGAUUGGGGCCUCUCGAACAGAGCACAUGAGCUCGGCCUUGGAUCCCCUCCUCUCCUCGGGGCCCCGUCUUGGAACCGCCGAUCGAUGGGCGCCAGCAUACUGCUGAAGUACCUGGGCGUGGCGGGCGCAGGCUGCCCGCUGGCGGGCGCCAUGGCCGUCUCCGCGCCCGUCGACAUACCCUCCACCGCGGCCGACAUCCACAGCUCGGGGGUCAAGAUCAAGGCGCUGCCCAAACUGCUGGCGUCGCCGUUCGCCAAAUUCUGUGACCUGAGAAAGGUGUUUGUGAAGAUGCUCGGAUCGAUCUUCGAGUUGCCAGUGGUGUCGCUGCAGUUGGAUUCGUAG